CGGAAGUGACGUCGUGCGCGGCCGCCGGGAUGGCGGCGCCGAAGGUGAAGCAGGACAUGGCCCCGGCGGGGGGGUACGGACCCAUCGACUACAAGAGGCACCUGCCGCGCAGAGGCCUCUCAGGUUACAGCCUCUUCGCCAUCGGCAUCGGCAGCCUCCUGCUGGGCUACUACACCCUCAUCAAGUGGAACCGGGAGCGCAGGCGGCUGCUGAUCGAGGAGCUGGAGUCGCGGAUCGCGCUGAUGCCGCUGCUGCAGGCGGAGUCGGACCGCAGAACCCUGCGGAUGCUGCGGCAGAACCUGGACGAGGAGGCCAAAAUCAUGAAGGAUGUUCCCGGCUGGAAGGUGGGUGAAUCCCUGUUCCACACCGACCGCUGGGUGCCCCCCACAGUGGAUGAGCUCUACUACCUGCGCCCCCCCAGCGAGAUGGACAACGAGAAGUUUGGGCUGCAGUACUACGUCUGAGCAGGGCCCCGCCCUGGCCCCGCCCUGGCCCCG